AUGCUGCAGUCCACUCGAGCCUCAUGGUCAGAUGCAAGGCAGCUCACUGCCCAGCUGAACCGCUGGGCCAAAGGCCAGCAGUGGCCCCAGAGUUUGCAGAUGCUGAGGGAACUGCACGAAAACGCGCAGGAAGCGAACGUGAUUCACCUGAGCUGUGUGCUCAGUGCCUUGACGGAGCGCUGGAUCUUGGCGCUGGAGCUUUUGGAGGAGAUGAUGCAGGAUGACUGCGAGCCUGAUACAAUUUGCUUCAACGCCACCAUUUGCGCCUGCGAGAACUGCGGGCAACUACAAGCCGUCUUGCAACUCAUGCAGCUGAUGGAUGACUUGCAGGUGCCCAAGAGCAUCGUGACCUUCAGCAGUGCCAUCAGCGCGUGUGGAAUGACCUGGCAACUGGCGCUCCAUCUCUUGUGGGCAGGGCCGAGGAAUACGGUGUCCUAUAGCGCUGCCAUCUCUAGCUGUGAAAAAGCAGGGAAUUGGAGCGUGAUGCUGCUCCUGCUGGAAAACAUGCUCCGCGAGACGUUGCGCCCCAACGUGGUCACCCUGAGCGCUUGCGUGGCGUGCUGCGAGAAGGGCCGCGAGUGGCGCAGGGCGCUGGAAGUACUGCGGCAGAUGGAAAGGAUGCAGGUCACAGCCAACAGCAUCUCUUACAACUCUGCCAUUUCCGCCUGCGAGCGCGGUUCGCAGCUGUCGAUUGCAUUGGACCUGAUGAAGGAGAUGGAGCAACGGGAAAUUGGCAAGGACGUGGUGACCUAUGGAGCUGCCAUCUUUUGCUGCGAGCAGAGCGGCCAGUGGCGCUGCGCACAGCAACUCUUGGAGGACAUGGCCCGGUUGCGGAUUGAAAAGAACGUGGUGACGGCCAAUGCAGCCAUCAGCACCUUUGGGGUGGCUCGCAAGUGGCAACUGGCUUUGUACCUGUUGAAGGCUGGUGAGGAAUAA